UUGAAAAUAUUAAAUAUUCUCUGAUGAAAAUUGACCUAGGAACUCAUAUCUCUGCUUUUAUACAAUACAGAAAUUGUCAUUUCUUUGUUGACUAAAUAUUGAAGUCUAAUUUAAAAUUCCAAUACUUAGGUAGUUGAAAUUAUAAGAUUAAUUUAUUUUGGGGUAGAUGAGGUUUAUCAACAAUGAUGAAGAUGAAUAGAAUCGAUAACAUCAAACGUUUUGCGAUCCUACUGGACCCUUGGAUAAGAUAUAAAACCAUAGGCGGUACUUCAAUGGGGUGAAAAGGGUGUAUUACAGGUACAUUACUUCUUUUUCGAUAUCCACUCGAAUUUUCUGUUUCUGAUGACAAAAUAAACAUUUUUUGUUAUUUUAUUUAUAUAAGAUUUUUGACAUUUGCAGGGUAGUUUGGGAUCUCGAAUGCCACGGUUAAAUUUGUUAAUAGGUAAAAUCGGAUUAGGGGUUCCGUUAAUCUAAAACCGUUCGAAAUUUUGUUUUCCUGAUAAUUUCAAAAAUUCGAUGGAGAUGAAAUUCACAUUUAGAUGUAGAAUAAUAAUUUCAAGCUCAAUGUUGACCGCGAUUUGAUGGAAAUCAUAGAGUCUAAGUGGAAAUUAAUUUUAAUUAAUAUUUAGGAAAUCUGAAGGAGCAGCGGUGUUGUGAUACAAUUUUUUUUACAAAUAAAAACAGUGGAAAUGAGCAAAACCCAUUCUCAAUAUUAAGAUCCGACGAGGUUGAAAUUCAUUGUCAUACGUAAAAUAACCACUGGAAUAUUCAUACCAAAUGUCAGCGUAGGAAUGUGUCAUUCGAACCACAGAAUUGUAUACCCUAUAAACGAGCCCUAAUUCUUCUUGAAACAAUUUCUGAUUGUCAUCAUUAUUUCGCAAACAAUGCAAUAAAAUCUCUGAAGAAACGGAAUCGCCCUGUUAUUGAUCUUAUCUACCUCAAACUCCUAACGUGGACCGUUAAAAACAAACCAACUCGACUCUGGUAAACGACCGAGCACGUCCAACGAAUUCAACCGAUAAGAACAUUACAUUUAGUUGGGACCAAACCGUGACUUAAUUCAAUGUUAUAUGGCAGGGAAAGUAACCAUAUAAAAGAAUAUUGGCGGACGGGAAGUUAUCCAUUUCGCUAAGAGCGCUUAAGUCUUCGUGUUACUUAGAGUAAGCGCUAGAAAUGCCUGCAGACAACGUGGAGAUCGUUUCCUACGACAAAUUCUCGUUGUCUUCCUCGUCCUCGGAUGAAGAAUACUCGAGUUACAGGAAGGUCGACUCCUCAGACGAUGAAGGCAUACAGUUCGCCGUGACUGGUGGUCUUAAGGACGAAAGCAACGAGGUCCACUUUGAGAGCUUACCCAGAAAGGACCUACACGAGGCUUUCCUGAAAAAAUGCGUGGAUGUAAUAUUGAAAGAGGCAGUUUUUGAAGGCACCAAGAGGCAGAAUAAGGUCACCAGCUUCAAGAGCCCUGAGGAGUUGAGAAGUCUGUUCAACUUUGAGCUUAAGGAUGGUGCUUCUAGCCAUGAUAAGCUCCUAAGGGUGGUUAGGGAUACGAUUGCGUAUUCGGUGAAGACCGGACAUCCGUAUUUUGUGAAUCAGCUGUUUUCUUCGUUGGACCCUUAUGGUCUGGUGGGACAAUGGCUUACAGACGCUCUAAAUCCUAGCGUUUACACUUUUGAGGUGUCGCCGGUAUUUACUUUAAUGGAGGAAGAGGUGUUGAAGGAGAUGAGGAGAAUUGUUGGGUUCCAAGGUGGUGAAGGUGAUGGUAUAUUCUGCCCUGGAGGGUCUAUGGCUAAUGGUUAUGCCAUCAGUUGCGCUAGGCAUCAAUUUUUUCCGGAUGCUAAGACCAAAGGCCUUCACUCUCUACCGCGCUUGGUUCUGUUCACCUCAGAAGAUGCCCACUAUUCUAUCAAAAAGUUGGCUUCGUUCGAAGGGCUUGGUUCAGACAACGUCUAUCUCAUCAAGACUGAUUCGAGGGGCAAAAUGGACGUCAAGGACCUCGAGAACCAAAUAGAGAGGAGCUUGAAGGAAGGUGCUGCACCAUUUAUGGUCAGUGCAACCUCCGGUACAACAGUGUUAGGAGCUUUCGACCCGCUAAACGAAAUUGCUGACCUUUGCCAGAAACACAAACUCUGGCUUCAUGUUGACGCUGCUUGGGGUGGCGGGGCUCUGAUGUCCCAGAAGCAUAAACAUCUCCUAAGUGGCAUAGAGAGAGCAGAUUCAGUAACAUGGAACCCCCAUAAGUUGCUUACAGCACCACAACAAUGUUCAACUCUCCUACUUAAACACAAAGGACUCCUUGCACAAGCACAUGGAACUGGAGCUGGUUAUCUUUUCCAGAAAGAUAAAUUUUAUGACACUAAAUACGAUACAGGGGACAAACAUAUCCAGUGUGGAAGAAGAGCUGAUGUUCUAAAAUUCUGGUUUAUGUGGAAAGCAAAGGGAACAAAUGGUCUCGUUCAACAUGUCGAAAAAGUUUUCGAGAAUGCAGCCCAUUUCAUCCAGUUGAUCAGAGACCGAGAAGGUUUCGAAUUAGUUCAUCCUACACCAGAAUGUACUAAUAUCUGUUUCUGGUACAUACCGAAAAGUUUACGAAAUGCAAAAUCAGAAAAAGAUUAUGGAGAACGUUUACAUAAAAUUGCCCCAGCUAUGAAGGAGAAAAUGAUGAAAGAGGGCACUAUGAUGGUGACUUACCAGUCUCAAAAAGGCCUACCAAACUUCUUUAGGAUAGUUUUCCAAAACUCAGCUCUGAAUAAAUCUGAUAUGGUUCAUUUAGUUGAAGAAUUCGAAAGGUUAGGCUCAGAUUUGUAGCUUUAUAGUCCGUAUUUAUUUAUUUUAAAUUAUUUUUUAAUAGUUUUUAAAGAGCAUUUUUUAGUAUUUUAAAAUAUGUAUCUACGAAACAUUUCUAAUUGUAUAAAGAAAUAUGUUCAUUGAAAGUUUUGUAUAUGUCUUAAUUAUCAAAGAGAAUACAUUUUGUCAUUGAUAAUGUUGUUUUAAAAUUAAACACCCAAAUAUCUGUAAUAUUAAAAUAUUUAAUGACCAAUGUAAUGCAUUAAGAUUCAUAACAAAAAACAAAAUAUUAUUGAAAUAUAAUUUUAAAGAAUUAUUCUGCGAUAGAGGAACCAUACACAUCGGACGUCCAAAUA